CUGGAGUUGGUGUUGAGCUGCUACUUGGAGUCAGGAAUGGAGAAACGGCUCUCUGACCUUCUGCACUCCGAGGCCAUGAGACAGAUAGAAGGUGUUCAUGACAUUAAUGGCAGGUUGCUAGGUGACCUUCAUAGCCAUAACCUUAUUGUAAACACCUGUCAGGACAUAACAGGAUGAGGAUCAUCUCCACAAAAAUCACACUCUCCACCAUAUAUCAUCAUCAUCAUCAUCAUCAUAUCGUUAAUAAUUGUCAUUAUUAUUAUCUGGGACCAAAGCUAUGAGCGGUUAUAAAGCCACACAACUCCUGUGGAGGAACAUCUCCAGCAUCACCCGGUGAGAUGUGCAACAGAUUCCACGCGGAAACGGUGCACCGUUUGGUGAUGAUGAUGAUGAUGGUGGUGGUGGUGAUGAUGGUUAUGAUGAUGCGCAGCUUUGGAAGCGCUCAGGAUCCGCGCUUGCACCUGUGUCAUCUCUAACUGUCUGGAGCAGUGCGAGUGUAACAUCAAGAGCUGCAAAAUCAACCACAUUUUUCAGCAAUAAUAAUUCACUAACAAUAUCCAGAUAGAGCCUCACCCAGGACUUCUCCAUAACAAGCCCAAAGCAAGCUUCAAGACUGAGUCCAAAAAACAGCACCAAGAGACCACAAAAUAAAUCUGAAAUCAGGUCCUUUUCCACCGACUGCUGUGGACCAAACUGAAGCAAAGAGGAGCAGCAAAGAAACGGAAGCAUCACUUGCAUUCCAAUUGAAAUCUAAUGACAACGGGACACGUGUGAUGGAAAACACUCAAGAGGUACUUAGUGUGCAGCCCUGGGGACAAAACAGAGCAAGCUGGAAAUGUUUCAGAAAAAUAAAGACGAGGAUGAAGAUGAAAAGAAGAACAUUGCCAGGAAUAAAGACGGUAUCCUUAAGGACAUACAAGUGGAACGCAACCUCAAGGGAAGUGACGUCACUCUUCAGGUAGCAUCUAAAGGUCCCUUUUUUUCACGAGACAGACUCCAGUUAUCUCCAGGGGCAACCACCACAUCUGCAUCCCAGGUAAAGGAGACAAGAGGCAAGACAGAUGAAAAUACCAUGGACCAGGAGAGAAUGUGUGCGAGAGAUAAAAGAAAGAAGUUGACAGACGGUAUGGAAGGAAGGGAAGCCCUUGUUGAAAUAGGAGGUGAAUAUAAAUGGAAUAUCCAGGAAAAAAAGACAGAAGAGGAAAUGGAAAAAGAAAAGAAAGUCCAGGACCGAAACACUGAGGCCAAAGAGAAAGAAAGGAAGGAAAGACAGACAUUGAACCAGAUCUUCAAGUGCUUCAAAGAUGCUGCGACAAUGACUGAGGAGAACCCUGUUCCUGUUCAAACCCUUGAUGCUGUCCUGCAGACGGAGCUCCUGUAUGAGGAUGCUGGAGUUCAGGCCGUUGUAGAGGUCAGCAACAAGUACACAACCAUGAGUCCAAACAUCACACAUCCAUUCUGGAGCCAAAUUGAUCAUAGGGCUAUCCUCAGUAACCGUGAGAAGGUUUCUGUAACUGCCAAUAUGAGCUUCCAAAAUAGACUUAGUCAAGAUGUUGUCUUAAAUUCAGUUUUAAGCUCAACCCCUCACAAGUCUUCUAUUUCCCCAAAACCUGCACGGCAUCAUGUCUGUCAAAUCCAGAUUGAAUUGUGCAGCCAGUCCACUGUGUGUGAGAGUCUGGCUUUGCCUGGAAGGAAAGAUCCACAAGCAUCUUCAUCAAUCCCCGGCCUUGAAAAGGAACCCAAGCAAGUGGACAGAGAUGUAGACCAAGCAGAGGCCGGUCAGCUUCCUGAGGUGGCAUGGGAUGAACAAGGCAUGACGUGGGAGAUUUAUGGAGCAGCUGUGGAUAUGGAAUCUCUUGGCUUUGCCAUCCAGAAUCACCUUCAGCACAAAAUCCAGGAACACGAGCAGCGCAUCAGACACCUCCGCAAGUCUAUCUCUCUCUCCGAGCACUCGAAUGGUGAGGGGAAAAGAGGACAAAAGACAAAGAAAAAAAGGAAGGUCUUCCAAUCACUAUUCCAAAGACCUACUUGCUGUUUGAAGGCUGAAUGUGAAGCCUGAAUGGCUUAAUAACUUAUAUAUAUAAAGGUGGUAUCAAAAAGUUUCGAGACAAUUUAUGUAAUUUGUGUAAUACAUCAACAGAUGGCAGCACAAGGCUGCACGCACAGUCACAGGGAGCACUGAUCUGGGAGCGCUGUAUUGCUGUGCAAGGAGACUAUUUUGAAGGUGAUUGUGUGUAAACAUAAAUUAAUAAAGUACUUUCUUGUAAACAGAUCGAGUCUCCAAACUUUUUGAUAUCACCUCAUACUGUAUGUGGCAGUGUACAAACUCCAUAGUGUUACUGUAGCACUUACCAUGCAGUUAGCACAGUUACGCAGGUGAUGUAGCUCUCACUGAUGCACUUUAGCUGCACCUGAGUCUAUUCUUUUGUAAUUCAUUGGUAUCGGUUAUUUGUGAUAGACCUGUUUGGUCAAAAGUAAUCGGCCAUGUGGUAGUGCCUGAACACUCACUAUGGUAUUAUGUGUUUUCUGAACCAAUAUGAUUCUGAUCCUUCCAAUCAACUACACAUUUCACAGUACCGUAUCUUGUUUACUUCCUGAAUGGCCUUCAUUUUUUGCUCCAGUUUCAUCUUUUCCACACCAAGUUCAUCAUUAUUAGUGUCACAGUGUCUGAUUAGAACGUGUAUAAUGUAUUUCCCUCCUUGCAUGUACUGUAUUUUUAAAUUCUCCAAUUUUGUAGGUCAUUUCCUUAUUCUAGUUAUGAUCCAAUAUUGCUGGAGGUUUCAUUAGAAAUACGGAUUUACCAAUGUUCACAACAGCUGCUUGUGAUUUGCUUUGUAUCUUUAAGAGAACCUGCUAUCAGGUCCCGUGUUUCUGUCUCCUGGUCCUGGGGACCACUUAGUGCCCCACACACCCUUCACACCUGAUUCAGCUGACAGGGAAAGUGUUAAACCAGGGUUGGGACAAGGAAUCCCUGUGAAUAGAAGUUUAAGAAUCCACUCUGAUCUAUUGUAAUUUGAUCAUUUGAACACUGAUCAUCGUGUGAUCCUGCAUGUGGUCUGGGGGUUUCGUGUUUCGUGUGUGUUUUUAUUGUCUAAACGUAUAAUUCAGAUAUUCCUAAACACACUCCAAAUAAA